AACGUGUAUAAGUCAAAUAUGUUAGGUAUGUUAUAGAAUAUUUAAAUCCUACUGUUGAGCACUUCUUUAAUAAGUUGUAAAUGUAUGAAGUUACUUUUGCUACAAUGAUACAUCACAUAGUAUUCCAAACUGUUAUCUUGGCUUUUUUGUAUCAGCUAAAUUGUCAGCCAUUAAAAAGUCAAUGUGAAAAAAAUGCACAUUUUUUAACACUAGUAAAAGAUAUCUUUGGACCAGCUGACAAUUUACUUACAGAUAAAAAACUUCAAGAACUUUUAAAACAAAAUGAAAAGGAUGAAACAUUUUUGAUUUUUAGAGACAGAAACCUUAAAGAUAAAAUAUGGAAAUUAGGAUGCAAGAACACAGAACUUUCACUUUAUAUAAUGUACUACAUCAAAUUUGUCAUGACGUUUAAUGAAAUUUAUCAGUAUGAAGAUGUAUUAAAUAUUUAUAGCUUUUUUUGGAAUAAUACUGAUGGUUAUAAGAAAUUCAUUCCUCCCAAAAGAAUAUUUCCAAUGUAUAAUGAAACUUAUAUAUCAGAGACAUAUAAGAGCGUGUGCAAAUCGUGGAAAAGAAAAUAUUUUGAAUUGUGGUUAUAUACUGACGUUAUAAAGAAAAAUUUGUUACUGGAAACAUUAAUAAUGUAUACCAGUAGAGUCAUAAAAUCUUUCAACAUACAAGCACAUAUUUUGAAAAUUGCAUAUCUUAAUUAUAAUGACUUAAUAAAUAACAAUUCAACAAAACAUCCAUUUGACCAUUUAAAAGUAGAAAAGCAGUUAAAGUUGUAUGCUAGUAAUAUGCAAGAAUAUUUUGAAAAUGUGAAAUCUGGAAUGGCGCCCGUUGAUUUUAUUAUUUUAAAAAUAUUUAAAUUCAGUUAUGAAUAAAUAAACUUUAUUUAUCUAUUACUUUGUAAUAAAUAAAUGUAAGAAGUUGUAAAAUUGUGUUGCA